AUGAACGAUGACAAUAAUUGCUGUACUGAAUUGAAGAUUUCCGAUGAUGAAUGUUCCUUUAAUGUCUAUUUCGUGAAGGAAGCUGCACAAGUCUGGUCUAGAAAAGAAUUCUGUUAUAUCGAGACUGCGGCCAGAGAACAACCAAACCUGAAUAUAUAUUUAAUCAAUUUGAUGCGUACCUCCAGUACACCAAACACAUCGGAAAUUUAUCUCAAAAUGGCUCUGGCUUCCCAAAAUGCCAAUAUUCACAUUGCCGAAUUAUUGAUUGACAAAUUUUUCAGCAAAACGGAAUUAUCGAGUAUCGCAAGAAAUUUAAACAAUGAAUUAUUGCUGAUGGCGGCGAGAGCGUAUCUGCUUUGGAACUUCCCCGGCGUUGCAAUGCAUCCGAGCGCAUAUUGCAAUUUAUCAGUUAUCAAUAAUUUUUGUAGUAAAACGGGGAAACGAGAUUGCAUGCCGGACAAAUUAGUUACGAUCGACCCAAUGAUCGAAUUACAAGCGACAGACGUGCAUUGUCAAGCAUUUCUAGGAUUUGUAAUACGGGAAAUAUCCAAGAAUGCAACGCAAAUGUAUAGUUUGAAGGAUGCAUUGGAUAAAUUUUGUCCGAGGAUUGAUAACUGUACCGAGGUGCGAGUACUUGAUUUAAAAUCGCAAUGUUCGGUCAACGCUUUCGAUUGUCCUACCGUCUAUACGUCUAAAAAAUCUUGGAAACUUACAAUGUAA